UCUUCGCAGUUACACUCAACUGAACUCACAACUCCUGCCAACAUGCCCUACAACUGCUGCUCUGUAAACUACUCCUCUCGCUCUACUGGGGGGUACCUGCGCUCCUCCAAUGGUUCUUCGCACCCCAGCAACCUGGUCUACAGUGCUGGCUUCUGCUCUCCCAGCACCUGCCAGCUGGGCUCCUCUCUCUACAGAGGCUGCCGGGAGAACUGCUGCGAGCCCACCUGUUGCCAGUCAUCCUGUGUGGUGUGGAACCCUUACAAGACGUCCUGCUAUCGCCUGAAGAACUUGGGGUUCUAUAGUCCCUGCCAGGCCACCUACACUGGAUCUCUGGGCUACGGAUCAAGGAGCUGCUACUCCCUGGGGUGUGGAACCAACUGCUUUCGAUCCCUGGGCCAUGGAGCCAGUAGCUUCCCUUCUCUGAGUUAUGGAUGUGGUCUCUGUCACCCCACCUACUUUCCUUCUAGGAGUUUCUAUUCACCUCGGCCAUUCUGGAGAUCUGGCUUCUGCUACUAA